CUCUCAUCUCUAAGACCGCUCAUUCUGUUCCAUCCCUAGCAUAAACAUAAACAAACUGCAAUUUUUAUUAAAAUUUUUUUUAUUUUGCAAAAUCAAACAAAAUGAAUCCCUUAACAAAUAUGAAAAAUGUGCUAAAACUCAGCGAACAUGAACUACAACAUGGAGCGGGCAAGAAAAGUUGGCAUGACAUGUACCGUGAUUCAGCUUGGAUUUUUGUGGGAGGAUUUCCUUAUACCCUAACAGAAGGCGAUCUGGUUUGUGUUUUCUCGCAGUAUGGCGAAGUUGUUAAUAUCAAUUUGGUCCGCGACUCGAAGACGGGAAAAUCCAAAGGAUUCUGCUUUCUAUGCUACGAGGAUCAACGCUCGACCGUAUUGGCUGUGGAUAAUCUAAAUGGCAUUCAGAUCACUGGCAGAACCCUGCGAGUUGAUCAUGUAUCCGACUACAAGCCACCCAAAGAGAAUGAGAAAACGGAUGAAGAAACCCUGCGUCUGUACAUGGAGGGAUGUGCCCCUAAGCCACAAAUUAUAAAUAUUAAAACAGAAAAAUCAAAAGACAAAAUAAAAUCAAGAGACAAAUAAAAUGUAAUGAUUAAUUAGAGCGAUUAUAACUAGUAA